AUGUCAAACGUGGAUAAGGCCGAAAAGAAAGUUGCUUCAAAAAAGUCUGCUAAAAAAGCUGAUGCCCAUAUCGAAGGAGCCUCUCAAAUUGGUAUUGAGGUUCGAAAAGAGGUUGACUUUUCUACAUGGUACACGCAGGUGCUGAAACGUUCUGAAAUGCUAGAAUAUUAUGAAGAAGUUUCCGGAUGUUAUAUUAUAAGGCCUUUGGCUUAUAAUAUAUGGCAAGAAAUUCAGAACUUUUUUGAUGCUGAAAUCAAGAAAUUAGGAGUUGAAGAUACUUACUUUCCAAUGUUUGUUUCACAAAGACAAUUGGAAAGAGAAAAGGACCAUAUCGAGGGCUUUGCCGCUGAAGUUGCUUGGGUUACUAAAGCAGGAUCUAGCAAUAUUGAAAAUCCUGUCGCUAUUCGUCCAACAUCUGAGACAGUAAUGUAUCCAUAUUUUGCCAAGUGGAUUAGAACUUACCGUGAUUUACCAUUAAAACUUAAUCAAUGGUGUAAUGUCGUUCGAUGGGAAUUCAAGAAUCCUCAACCUUUUAUUAGAACACGUGAAUUUUUGUGGCAAGAAGGGCAUACUGCACAUUUUACUAAGGAAGAAGCUGAUACUGAAGUGUAUAAAAUUUUAGAGCUUUACCGUCAGGUAUAUGAAGAUAUGCUUGCAGUUCCUGUAAUUAGAGGAAUUAAGUCUGAAAAAGAGAAGUUUGCUGGUGGACUUUAUACUACUACUCUUGAAGGUUUUAUUCCAACUACAGGUCGUGGAGUUCAGGCUGCUACUUCUCAUUGUUUGGGUCAAAAUUUUUCGAAAAUGUUUGAUAUUGUUAUUGAGGAUCCUAAAGACGCAAAGAAAGUGCACGUCUGGCAAAAUUCUUGGGGCAUUUCCACUCGUAGUAUUGGUGUAAUGGUAAUGAUUCACGGCGAUAAUAAAGGUUUAGUGUUACCUCCCCGUAUUGCUGCAACUCAAGUAAUUGUCAUUCCCUGUGGUAUUACAUCAAAGACUACAGAAGAUGACAAAAAACUUGUAGAAAGCAAAGUAAAUGACGUAGUUGAAGAACUGAAAUCAGUUGGAAUUAAAGCUAAGGCAGAUCUAAGAGAGAAUUAUUCACCAGGAUAUAAAUAUAACCAUUGGGAAUUAAAAGGUGUUCCGAUCCGUCUAGAAAUAGGUCCACGUGACUUACAAAAUCAACAAUCGCUUAUGGUUCGUCGUGAUAAUGGCUCUAAGGAACCUAUUCCUUUAGCAGAUCUUGUUUCACGUAUUCCCGAUACUCUUAAAAUUAUUCAGAAGGACAUGUUUGAACGUGCCAAAAAAGUUUAUGAUGAUCAUGUAAAAAUAGUUUUAAAAUGGGAAGAUUUUGUUUCGACCUUGGAUGGUAAAAAUUUUGUCAUGAUUCCAUGGUGUGAAGAGGUGUCAUGCGAAACUAGUAUAAAAGAAAAAAGUACUAGACAUGUCACUAAAGAAGAAGCAGAAGAUGAAAAAGCUCCAUCGAUGGGUGCCAAAUCUUUGUGCAUUCCUUUAGAGCAGCCCAAUGAUCCACCAAUUGUUCCCGGUGAAACUGAAUGUAUUUCUUGUGGUAAAUUAGCUAAAAGAUAUGCUUUAUUUGGAAGAAGUUAUUAA